GUAACUUUACAAUUCGCUGAUCUCCUCCCUCUUCCGCGGUAUCGUUGUUUCACCUUAAAUGUGCCAAUCUUCUGCCCACGGUGGGAAAAUAUAAUGUCAUUUUAUGUUUCCUGUUAGAGGUACUUGUCGAUAUGCGGAGAAAAACAUGAAGUUAUAUUGAAAGGAGUGCAGUGAUGAUGGUGGCUGUCGACUGAAGACAUUUCUGAGAAACAAAAUGAAGAGAAUGCGAGGUUUCUUGUCAGAAAGUUCUGUCCGGAUGGGGCUGUUGGUCAUGUUCCUCGUGACAGAACAGCUCCCCCCUUUCUACCGUGAGAUCCAGGCAGAGGAGAUGUGGUUGUAUAAGUUCCAUCAUGUGGAAAGGGACCACGUACCCACCUUUCUUAUGUUUAGUGUGGCGUGUUUCACCCCGCUGCUAGUGAUCUUGCUUUUCACUUUUGUGAAGAAGUCUGAGCGAGGAGAUCUGAAAGAAGCCUCACUUGCUGUGACUCUGACUCUUGUGCUGAAUGGAGUUUUCACUAAUGUCAUCAAACUGGUCGUUGGCAGGCCACGCCCAGACUUCUAUCUACCGCUGUUUCCCAGAUGGUCAGAUGACAUGGAGCUACGCUGCAGUGGUGACCCACAUGUAGUAAUGGAGGGCAGGAAAAGCUUUCCGAGUGGACACUCUUCUUUUGCAUUUGCAGGAUUGGGUUUCACAGCGCUAUACAUUGCAGGAAAGUUGCACUGCUUCAAUGCAGUGGGCCAGGGCAGAGCUUGGAGGUUGUGCGCCUUCCUCACCCCUCUACUCAUGGCAGCUGUGAUUGCCCUGUCCAGAACCUGUGACUACAAACACCACUGGGCAAGAUGUAUUCGUGGGUUCUGUGCUUGGUCUUGUGUUCGCCUGGCUGUGCUACAGACAACACUACCCUCCGCUUCAGGACCCUAAUUGCCACAGACCUCUGCGACACAGAGAGACUGUUCCUGCUGCACAGGAGCGCAAGCUUGCCAACUCCAGCUACAUCCUUCCUGUGUAGAACAGCUGUAACUGCAUAACACUUCUCACAAUAGAUUACUUGGUAAUCCUUCCAACUGUGGUGUUGCACCCUUAGGGCUGGGAAGAGUAUCAUGAUUUAAUAUAUUCACAGCGUCUGACUAAACGUAGCAGGUGGGUUUUUUUCUUUUGGUGUUGUGAAUCAUGAUGCACAAUUGUGUUGUUACAAAUCGGGGCAUCUCACAUGACUUUUUGAGAUACUGCACAGUGCCUACAGAAAUAGCAGCUG